GACGAAAUAAUAUAUUACACAUUCAUACAUAUACCUGGGUGCCCAUCAAUUUUCUUACACUUAUAAGAUUAAUUGAUCAAAUUCUUAUGGAAGUUCGUGUUCGUGUAUAAUUAUUGUUGUUCACGCUUCAUAGUCAUCAUUAUAAUGGACUUGUCUGGGUUUUGUCGGUACUGUCUGACGGAAGACGAUGCAAAAACGCCCAUAGUUGAAGAUCCUGAUGGUUUGGCUGAGAAAAUAAAUAUGUGUUUACCAAAUAAAUUUUCAGAAGAAGAUCCAUUCCCAAAAAUGAUAUGUAAUGGUUGUCAUAGAAAACUUUUGGAAACUUAUAACUUCUUUAUGUGCAUUCAAGACACUGAGAAUCAUUUUCGCGGCAUCUUAGAUCAAAUGAAUCAGCCACCAAGUGAUUGUGAUGUAGAGACACCCACAGUUAGAAGACCAAGCAAAAGAAAGUCUGGACCUUGUAAACGUUUGCCUGUUAAAUCUCCUAAAAAAACUGCUCAUGCUGAGAUUACAGAGAAAAAUGAAGAUCAGAGUAAAUCUGUGGACGUAACCUCGGAGAGUUUGACAGAAAAACAAGAUAAGCCCUUGCACGUAUGUGAAAUCUGUGAUCGCACAUUUCAAAAUCUUUUGGCAUUUAAUACUCAUGUUUUAAAUCAUAAUAAUGAACCUCCUACUAUUUCAUGUGAGUCAUGUGGUUAUACAACACAGCAUCGAUCUUCUAUGUACCGUCAUCAAAAACGUCAUUUAAAGCAGUCUAAAUAUACUUGUUCAGAAUGCAAUAAGAAUUUUAUUACAGAAAGUUCACUAAAUGAACAUAAAAAUAAGCAUACUGGUGAUAAGCCAUUUAAAUGUGAGUCAUGUAAAAAAUCAUUUUCAUUAUCUCGAUAUUUGGCAACACACAUGCGCCUUAUACAUGGAGAUACAGUAUCAUAUGUGUGUACUCAAUGUGGGCGUAAAUUUGAUGAUCGUAGUUCACUUGCUUUACAUCGUCGAACACAUAAAAGAGCCAUGUCUUGUUUAUGUGAUAUAUGUGGCAAAGAAUUGUCCAGCAGAGAACAUUUGAAAUUACACAAACGAUUACAUACUGGAGAAAAACCAAAUGUAUGUAGUUUUUGUGGUAAAGGUUUUGCAAAACAAUGUACAUUAGUAUUACAUCUCAGAACUCACACUGGUGAAAAGCCAUACCAAUGUGAUCAGUGUGGUAAGACAUUUUCACAGCGGUCUUCUUACGUAAUUCAUUAUAGAAAACACACUGGAGCAAGACCUUAUGUAUGUGCUUGUGGUAGUGGUUUUGUAUGCAGAGCAAUGUUAACUGCACAUGAGAAGACUUGUGCUUUUGUUUUUCCUAUCAACAUGUACCAAAGCAUGUAUUAAUUUAACAUUGUUUAAAUAUUUUUUAUUAUUUAUAAAAUUUAUUAUUGUUUCUGUAAUUAUCAUUGUUAUGACUUAUGAUUAUAAUUUAUAAAAUAUUUUUUUUUCAAAUGCCAUAUUUUUGAGUCCCUUACCAAGUGUUUACUUCUUUAUAAUGAAUUUUUUUUUUAUUUAAUAUUUAAGAUGAAAAAAUUAGUAGUUAACACUAAAUGAAAUAAUGACUCAUUAAUUUUUAUAUAUUUUAUCAUUUGAAAUUUGUAUAGUUAGUCAAAUAAAAUAUUUUCUUUUGUAAUGCACGUACAUGAGAGUAUGUCUAAAAGUCUAAUUAGAUUGCCUAUUUGGCAUACAUUUUAAUGGCACCCCUAGGUUUCUGUUAUGCUCCCUAUUUGGGAAGAAUGGUUUCUCUUCAAAGAGAGCCUGCUCAAAGAGAAAUGCCACGUAUGGCUGGGUUUAAACUAGUAAUGGUACACAUUUAAACUGCCAUCUUAGUUUUAAUGGUUAUUCUGUGCUCUAGUAAAAUAUUUAAUACUUAUGAUUAUUUAAAUAGAAAUUACACUGUUCGUUAUAAUUAUUAGGUUAAUGCCUGCUUUAGUAUGGGCUGCACAAUUUUCAAAGAAUAAUUUUAAAUAUUUAUUUUGAGGGAAUUGAAACUAUCUGUUUAA